CUCUCUUCCCCUCCCCCUCCGGGCCGAGUUCGGAGCACAAAGCCGAGAGCGCACGCUCCGACGGCCCCGCGCCCCAAGAGUCAGCCUGCGCGGAGUACCGGGGAAGGGUUUGGGAGCCAAACUUUUUCUUGCCCCAGAAUGGACACGCUCCCCAGAGGUCCAGCCUAGCCCCUAGGCACCAUGUCGGACAGCGACCUAGGUGAGGAUGAAGGCCUUCUGUCACUGGCUGGCAAGAGGAAGCGCAGGGGGAACCUGCCCAAGGAGUCGGUAAAGAUCCUCCGGGACUGGCUGUAUCUGCACCGCUACAAUGCCUACCCUUCAGAGCAGGAGAAGCUGAGUCUCUCUGGACAGACCAACCUCUCGGUGCUGCAGAUAUGUAACUGGUUCAUCAAUGCCCGACGUCGCCUUCUCCCAGACAUGCUUCGGAAGGAUGGCAAAGACCCCAAUCAGUUCACCAUUUCCCGCCGUGGGGGUAAGACCUCUGACGUGGCUCUCCCCAGGGGCAGCAGCCCCUCCCUGCUGGCUGUGUCUGUACCGGCUCCCACCAACGUGCUCUCCUUGUCUGUCUGCUCCGUGCCGCUCCACUCAGGCCAAGGUGAAAAGCCAGCAGCCCCCUACCCACAAGUGGAGCUGGAAUCCCCUAAGGCUCUGGUGACCCCUGGGAGCACGCUCACCCUGCUGACUAGAGCUGAGGCUGGAAGCCCCACAGGUGGACUCUUCAAUACGCCACCACCCACACCCCCAGAGCAGGACAAGGAAGACUUCAGCAGCUUCCAGUUGCUGGUGGAGGUGGCGCUGCAGAGGGCCGCUGAAAUGGAGCUUCAGAAGCAGCAGGGUCCGGCACCCCCAUUACUACACGCUUCCCUUCCUCUAGUCUCAGAAAAUGCCAAGUAGGUACCUGCUACCAGGCGGCUUGAGGUUCAAGCCAGCUGUCCCAGGUUCCUGGUUCACUUCCCCUUCAUACAGAGGGCUAUCUAUGGAUCACUGCCAAGCAUCGGGAUCAUCUGUCCAGAGGUCCUCAGCAGAGGGACAGCAGCUGGUGUCUCUGCACUGUUACGGGGCCUGUGCUCUGCUGACUGCAUUCCUUCAAGCUUCCUAUCGGAGGAGACAAAGGCACCAGAGCCAGGCGUGGUGCUGCUGCUGUGCUUCUCCAGAGAUCCCUGGGACACCUGCACUCCGACCCGCUUUCCUAGGCAGGCUCAGGAAACCUGCCAAGUUCAGACUUGAGCUGGGUCCAAGCUGCCCCUAGGCUGUGCCUCUUUUGGUCAAGCCAGGUGUGCGUGCACAUUCCAGCUUACUCGAAAGAAAAGGCCCAGCAGAUGUCACAGAACCGACUUCAGUUGAAUGUUUAGAUUUUUGCUAAAUUGUUUCUUUUCUUUUUGCUGUGCUCUGUCGAUGGCAAUAGGUAGCCCGGAAGCACAGGUGUGGGGAGAGAGCACCUUAUGCGAUGGAGCUUUAUAGACGGGUGAUCUGCCGCUGCACCGGGGUGAUUGUAUAAGGGACCAGCAGAAUAGCUGCAGCUGUGCUGAAUUCCAGCUGGAAGUGGUUGUUUGAUUCUUGGUUUGGAUUACUCUAUUGUAAAAGACAGAAGAAAAAUACCUACAGGUGUUGGAUUAUCUACACCAGGCACAGAAGGGGAUAAAGCCACAGCCAAAUCCAGCUGAACCAGAUAGCCAUUUAGACACAUCAGAGAUGGAUGAUAAAACCCAGAGACAUACUUGUUUUUAUUGUAUUUUGGGGUGGUUAAGCUAGAUUGAAACAGCUUUUGUUUUCUCUCUCUCUUUUGGGUGUCGUCUCCCCCCUUCCCCUUAUUUUUUUUGUAGCCUGUUUGGAGUCAUUCAGGAGUUUGGCCAGAUGUCGAAAGCACCAGCAUCUCCUGCUUUGGGAAAAGUGAGCCAUCUGCUGGUCAGGAGGCCCUUCAAACAUGCCACUGUUCACAAAAGUAGCUGGAACCAUUGUGGGGAAAGGGGCCCAGCACCUGGGAGCGGGUCUGUUUCACCUCCUUUCAAAUUGGAAUUGCAAGGGCCUGCCUAAAUUUCCCAGGGAAACAGAUCACACAUGGUUUUGAUCUCUUCCCUUCCCUCCCUUUUUUACUUUGCUGUUUUGUUAGUUUUCAGCAACAGUAUACCCCAUCUUUAUAUAUCUUAAGAAACACUAAUCCUAGGUUUUUAUUAACCAAAAUAUUUGUGUUCUGAAUAACCAGAAGAUUUGAGAAGCCCUGACUGUAAUUUCCUGACGUUUACUAGGUUGUAAACACAGAGAAGGCAGAGAAGGGGCUCCUGGGUGUUCACCGACUUAGAGUGCCUGUCCCAGAGAAACACAACACCAUUCUGGCCUUUCUAGGAAGCCCCCUGCCACUCAUAUAGGCUUCCCUACCUCUCCUGAGUGGCUUAGCUCCAUCCCUUGCUGUGCAAGUGGGAACUGAGAGAUUUGCUCUCUGUAGGGGAUUGCUUUCCUAGGCUGGAUCUCUUGCCUCCCUCCAAGAGAUCUGGCAUCCUCACCCCCUCAAGGCACUGCUGGGGAAGGAUGAACAUGGCAGCUUUGUAGAAUUUGCUGUUUGCCCACUUGUACCCCACUGUCCGUGAGCCUAGAUCCCGUGAUUGCUGCAGAAGGCCUACAGUAGGGGUGAUACUGGGAUGAGCGGGAGUUUUCUCCCCCACAGUGCACUGAGCAGGGGAGGGGGGAGGGAGCCGUGCUGCUGACGUAUUCUGGCAUUUCCCCCCUCCUGGAAUAAAAUGGGGCAUCUGAGGGGUGGGACAGUCUCUGCUUAGGUUGCUUGUAAAGAUAAAUCUGGAGAAGCAUGGUUGUCCCAUUGAACAAUAUUUGAGCAAAAAACUACUGUAAAUAACUGGUUUUUGUCUUUUGUCAAAUA